GAGAGAGAGAGAGAAAGAGAGAGAGAAAGCGAAACAGAGAGAGAGAGAGUGGGUAGCAAAGAGUGAGUGAGUGAGUUGCUGGGAUUGAAAAGCUGCUUCAGUAAGCUAUCCCACAUCUGAAACCUUGUUCUUUCCCCUGCCCGGCAAAAGAACAGUACCUGGACAGAGAGACAGAGAAAGAGUGAGAGUGAGAAGGACUCUGGUAUCCCAUCGCAAAAAGACCUGGAAUUGGGGAACUUGGGAGUCACACGCACACAGGGGAGUUCUACUGUCAGACCCGCCUGCCUGCUGUGGUCUGAUCCUUAUCUCUGCUCCCUCCCGUGACGAGAGGAGAGGCUCAGCUGCAGCUGCUGACCGUGAACGCUCAGAGCUCUCGGGGAGCGGACCAUGGCACCUGUCGGAAACAGGGCGGCGGAGAGCUGAAGACACAGGGACAGAGUACAAAGGUCCAGUGGUCCCCCCUUCACCAGAGCUGAGAGGUGAGAUUUGAGAGUGACGGGAUUCAAGAGUGGAGAGGCGCCAGUGAAGUUCAGAGGCAAAAAUAGCAGAACCUACCACGACAAGCCUGCGAGAAGCACAACCAGCAAGAUGAUGACUAUGAUGAUGAUGAUGAUGGCGACCAUGGUGACAUGCGGAUCCCUGUUGUUGCUCGGGCUGAUGUCUGCACAGGCCUCAUCCAGCGGAGUACCUCGGACCAGUGGCUCUUCAUCAUCAUCCUUCUCUUCAUCCUCCUCUUCCUCUCCUCGUAUGAAGCUGUCCUACAAAGAGCUCCAGGCCUUCCACGGAGUGCGGCGCUUCGAGCUGGAGCGCUCCUGCUGCUUCAGUGCUCUCCUGCUGGAUGAGGAGAGAGGAAGGCUGUUUGUGGGGGCCAGGAACUUCCUGCUGUCCCUCAGCCUGGACAACAUCGCCAAGCAGGAGCACAAGAUAUACUGGCCGGCCCCUGUGGACUGGAGGGAGGAGUGCAACUGGGCAGGAAAGGACAUCAAUAAGGAGUGUGUUAACUAUGUGAAGGUCCUACACCACUACAACCGCACCCACCUGUAUGCCUGUGGAACAGGAGCCUUCCACCCCACCUGUGCCUUUGUAGAGGUGGGGCAGAAGAUGGAGGAUCACGUGUUCCGUAUUGACCCCUCCAAAGUGGAGGAUGGGAAAGGAAAGAGCCCCUAUGACCCUCGGCACCAAGCAGCCUCAGUCCUGAUUGGUGAUGAGCUGUACGCGGGCGUGGCCACGGACCUGAUGGGGCGGGACUUCACCAUCUUCCGCAGCCUGGGCAGCCGCACCUCCAUCCGCACGGAGCAGCACGACUCCCGCUGGCUCAACGAGCCUAAGUUUGUGAAUGCCUUCUGGGUGCCUGAGAGUGAGAACCCUGACGAUGACAAGGUCUUCUUCUUCUUCCGUGAGACUGCUGUGGAGGCCCAGGGCCUGGGCAAGGCCACCUAUUCCCGGAUUGGACAGCUCUGCAGGAAUGACAUGGGUGGCCAGCGGAGUUUGGUCAACAAGUGGACAACGUUCCUCAAGACCAGGCUCAUCUGUUCCGUGCCGGGCAGUGACGGCAGUGACACAUAUUUCGACGAACUUCGGGACGUGUUCCUGUUGCAGACCAGGGACAGGAAGAACCCACUGGUCUACACGGUCUUCUCUACAUCCAGCAGUGUAUUUAAGGGCUCAGCCGUCUGUCUGUACACCAUGAGCGAUAUUCGAAGGGCGUUCCUGGGGCCCUUCGCACACAAAGAGGGGCCCAACUACCAGUGGGUGCCCUUCCAGGGAAAAGUGCCCUACCCCCGGCCAGGCAUGUGCCCCAGCAAAACCUUCGGUAGCUUCGAGUCCACCAAGGGUUUCCCGGACGACGUGAUCCAGUUUGCGCGGCACCACCCGCUCAUGUUUAAUCCCGCGUACCCGCUGAACCGCCGGCCCGUGUUCCUGCGCAAGAACGUGGACUACAGCUUCACCCAGAUCGUCGUGGACAGGGUGGGCGCGGCGGACGGGCAGUAUGACGUCAUGUUCAUUGGAACAGAUGUGGGGACUGUCCUGAAAGUGGUCUCUGUGCCCAAGGAGAGUUGGAACAACAUGGAGGAGCUUUUGCUGGAAGAACUGCAAGUGUUCAAGGACUCCUCUUCAAUCAUCAACAUGCAGAUCUCCUCAAAGCGGCAACAGCUGUACGUGGGCACGGACACGGGGCUGGCGCAGGUGCCCCUGCACCGCUGCAGCAUGUACGGCAAGGCGUGCGCCGAAUGCUGCCUGGCUCGGGACCCCUACUGCGCCUGGGACGGGACGUCCUGCACCCGCUACCUCCCCAACACCAAACGGCGCUUCCGGCGCCAGGAUGUACGAAACGGGGAUCCCAACACCCUCUGCUCUGGAGACCACCACAAGCACCGCGUGGCUGAGAAGAAACUCUAUGGGGUUGAGGGCAGCAGCACCUUCUUAGAGUGCAUCCCCAAAUCACUGCAGGCUCAAGUCACCUGGACCUACCAGAAAAACACAGACAGCUCGAGAGACGAGGUGCGUCUGGAUGAGCGCGUGCUGCAGCUGGAGCGGGGGCUGCUGGUGCGUAGCGCGCUGCGGCGGGACGCGGGGCUGUACCAGUGCCACGCCAUGGAGCACGGCUUCACCCAGACCCUGCUGGGCAUCACCCUGGAGGUGGUGCCCUCCUCCGCCCCCUCUCUGUCUGCCGACCCCCCCGGCCACCUGGACCCCCGCAGCGGCGGCCAGGGCCCGCCCGCCUCGCCCCGGCUGUGGUACCGCGACUUCAUGCAGCUGGUGGACCACCCCAACCUGAGCACGGUGGACCAGGUCUGUGAGCAGGUGUGGCUGCGCAAGAACCGGCAGCCGGGCAAGGCCCCAGCCGUGGCCCCUCCCCCCAAAGCGGGCCUGCCCCCCGGCUCCGUCCGCAGCCCCCCCAACAAGUGGAAACACCUGCAGGAGAUCCGGAAGGGCAGGAACCGCAGGACCCACGAGGCCAAGCUCACGCUCCGGGCCCCCCGCAGCGCCGGAGAGUGGUGAGGUCGGACAUUCGGGAGGGCGAGAUAGAGAGAAAAACAGAGAGAGAGACUGGUACAGAAAGAGACAGAGAGAGACUGAUCGAGGAGUACCAGAGGUGGUCAGAGCCACACACUGUAUCUCCUUGUGUGAAUAGUUAUCCUCCCUCACCUUAAGUUCUUUCCCCAGACUACCCCCUUUCCAAGUCACUUUGUUAAGCACUGUCCCCUUGAAUACCCAGAGUGUGCAGGGCAGACUGGACCCCCCCUCCCCUGAUUUGGAGGGGUAUGUGGAGCAGUGACUCUCACUGACUUUCUUAGUUUUUUUUCCAAAUCCUUAAAACUGGAAUAAAUUUAGAAUGGAAACACACACACAGACGCACACGGACACGUGCUUCACACAGAUUAAAGGAGGCAUACGCACAUCUCUUAGACACACAACACUGCUCUGUGGGACACUGCACCACGGUCACAUCAUCAUCAGCCGAGAGUUCAAUGACUUCACUAGUUACAAUGGCAGGGCUUCACCCAAGGAGGAAGUGGGUGACCUCAUGAUGGCAUCAUAAAGAUGAAAUGUUCAAAGAGUGAUGUGGACAGACUUUCACUAAACACCAAGACCGCAGGGAAUGGGGCUGACUGCUGCUUCUAGCCAGAUAUCAGCAGUCCUUCACAGAAGAGAGAGGAAUGUACCUGUUACCGGUCCACAUAGACACAUGCACACACACACGCAUGCACACACGCACGCAUGCACACACAAACACAAACACACACAAACAUGCAUACAUACAGACACACACACGUGCACAUAAUCUGUGGCAGUGACAAUGUUGUUGCUUAUGAUGAUGAUGAUGGUGUAUUGACAUUAUUCAGUUCAUAAUGAAAAGUGGACUCCUUGCAUAUAUUCUUUAAUAUAUGUUCAUGGUUUUAUGCCUUUUACUUAAAACAUAAGACUUUAUAUGUAUACUCUUGCCCUGUACUCUUGUGCUGUAGGUGUAGGUUUUAUAUUGUUCCCAACUUUGGCCUAAACCACUGAAGACCAUGUCUGCCAUUCCAGUGCACCUAGCAGACCUGCUGAGAGAUAGAGUGCUCUUCCGUUACAGGGAAUUAGGAGCUUUAGACAAGGAACAUUAAUAAUCUGAGUAUGUUCCAUGAAAAAACAUUUUUGUUCAUUAUUGUAAAUGUAUGACAAACUGAAGCUAGGUACAAAAAGUGGGAGGCAUUGUACACACAACUGGGCAAGACAAAAUUUCUCUAUAUUCUAUUUAUUUUUUUCUCCAAUUAUCAGAAUAUUAUUUUUAUUUUUUAAUUUUGCUUAAACUGAUAUGUGUUAAAUGUUGACGUGCUUUCUUUGGGUAAAGCAAGGGCUAGAAUGGCUGGCAAGUUAGUAACACAGCAUCCGCACAAGAGGGCGCCAAAGGAUGUUUUAGAGAUGAGGAUGAGCGUGGGGUGGAGCACAGAAAGAGGUCCUCUAUCUUUUGUCUGAAAACAAGACUGGGAAUACUUUUUGUUCCUUCUUUUCACACAGUAGCUAGGAUAGCCGGUGUGCUAGAAAGUCUUACGACUGUGUUCACAUUAGUGUCAAGAGGACUGCAUUCUCAGACAAAUCUAUGGAUUUUCUCCUUCUUUUCUAUGACAAACUAUUUAAUUUAUGUAUGAAUUAUGCAUUUUCUUCCCCCAUUACCUUAUUGUCAGUCUUCUUGCUUCCUAUUUGUAAAACGACUGAGUGUAUGUUUGAAGUGAAUGUGUGUGUGUGUAUGUGCAUGUGUGUCUGUGCAGGCGAGUGUGUUUAUCUUUGACUGGUGCACUGCUUUGACUGGUCCUCACUGGGCAUACAGGAAGUGACCAUCUCUUCAAGUCGCUUAUUUAAGUUUCCACUCCCAGGUCCCACAGACCUGGUGAAAAGGCAACCACUGACAAAGUGCACAGACGGACGACAAUAAACUUGACACUCAAUUCUCUUUUCUCCUUUUUUACCAAAUGAAUUUUUACCGAAAUGAUCUCAUUUUAUGUGCAAGUUGAUUUCUAUAUAGAUAUAUUUUUGAUGCAUUUCUUUCAAAUGUUUUUUUUUUUCUAUUUCAUUUGUAACUGUGCACCACAUUUACCUGGAUUGAUCCCUGGAAUGUAUGACAAACAUAUGAUACAAAUUAAUAUGCCAUAAAUGUAUAGGUUACAUUUUCAACUGGGUUAUUUAAGAAAAUCAACGACAGUACCUGUAAUAAUGGUCAUGAUCACUAACUGCCCAGGCCUGAAUAUCUGCUGUGUAGUCUGGAACAAAGAUGUAUAGAGACUUCCCAUCAGUGACAUUCCCAUUGAGAAGAGAAAAGCUCUUUUUUUUCACAGCAGUGGGCAAAAGACUUUCACAAGCCUGGCUUCCCUUUUCCCAGAAAAUGCCACUGUGUCUGUUGUGCAGAGUGGUGGGGGUAUAUCAUAUCCACUGUGUGAAAUGUGUGAAUAGAGCGCCAUCUGGUGGCCACUGCCAGUACAGGCCUGGUGCGUGUGACUGUCCCUUCUGUGGAAUGCUGUGAAUGUCUUUUGUUAGAGUGACGUGGCUUUGUAAAACCUACAUAAAUGCAUCUAACAGUGUAUUUUGAUGUAUGGAAUACUGUUUGCUAUUUAUACUUGUGUCAUGUUGUAAUUUACUCCUAGACUACAGUAGUUGAAUGGGUAUUUUCUAUAGUGCUCAUAAAUUGCUGCCAAACAGUUGUGAUGAAGCAUGGGACAGUGGAGUGUACAAGACUUGGUGAAGAAAGCACAACUAUUAACAAGGUUAUAGAAAUAUUUAUGUGAAAAGAUAAGCUAAUAUGUUGUGGUGGAUUGUUUAAUGUAGACUUACAUUUGUACUGUCGGCAUUCUGCUAGAAGAAAAAAGAAACUUUUUUUAGUAGAAAACAUUAUUUCUAAUUUCUUUAUUUAGUACUGUUGAAGUGAAAUUAAAAGUAGGUAUUAAACUUCUGAUAUUCCUCAAUACAGUGUUGAAUCUGCCUGUUUGGGAAAACACUGAUGGAAUUCCCCCUACCAUCCAAUCAGCAGUGGCUCCAGUGCCAUCAAUAUCCAAUCAGCUGGGGAGUUCCUUUUGUCACCCAAUGCCCAUCUGACACAGCUCACACCUCAUGCUGAAAUGGAAGACAGAUAUAGUCCUGUUCUGUUCCAGUGGUACUAUCUGAGCGUGUAUUUGUGUGUACUGCUGGGGAAGAGUUCUAUACAGUGUGGUUCUAUGUAUUUACACCCCAGACACACUCCAUGACCAUCUUACUCACCCCAUAGCUUCUCAACCAUUAUGUGUAAAAGUUUUAUACUGACUGAUGCAUAAUUGGUUCCUGGGGAGAAGGGGUAUUUCUAUACCUGCAGUAUGUCAAGGGAGAUAGAAAAUAGUGUUCUCUGUGUAGGAGAGGGUGAAAGGUCAAAGGCCAAAGUUGAUGUGGCACACUGUAAUAAUUCCGUACUUCAUUGUGAAUUGUUGUGUCAGAUUGAGAUGUAUUUGAUUAACACAAUAAACAAACAGUUACUUUA